AUGGCGCUUCUGAUUGACGCACUCGAUGACGACAAGAAUGAUGCAAGGUCCAGUGCGACCAGUUCUGUUUGCUUGACGGAGGAAUGCGUGACUGCAGCCGCAAGAAUUAGCAGCAGUCUGGACCAGGGAGCCAAGCCGUGCGAUGACUUCUACCAGUUCGCUUGUGGCGGUUGGGUGGAGAAGAAUCUUGUGCCGGAAAACAAAAUGUCUGUUACCUUUCUGUGGCAGUUCCAAAACCAGAUCGACGUAAUCAUUAAAAAUUUCCUGGAGGCAGACACAGACAGUUUAAAUCUACGAAGUUUUCGGGAGGCUAAAAUUUUCUACAAGUCAUGCAUGAACGAAUCACAAAUCAACUCUGUUAACAUCAAGGAUUUGUCACAGUCAUUGCGCAACUUGGGAGGUUUGCCUUUAAUCACCCCAGACUGGACAGAGGAGAAGUUCAAUCUCAUGCAUGCACUGACCACAAUGACCGAGCUCCAGACACAGCCUUUUCUUGACCUCACAGUCGAAAUGGAUCCAAAUAAUAACAACAACAAAAUAUUAAAGGUCAGGGACUCCCAGCAGUGGCUUCAACAUCUGCUUGUUUAUCACAGUGCGGUUUUUUUCGUGCAAUUGUAUUUUUUAUAA